UUAACUGUCAAAUGUCAGAUUAUUUAUAGAACAACCACCAAAUGUAUUUAUAAUUCUAAAUAUAUAAUAAUUUAGAAGUCUUUUUCAUUAAAAAACGGUCAAUUUAUAAUGUCCGAUCCGGAAUUAGAAGAAAUUCGGAAACAGCGUCUCGCCCAGAUGCAAUCUCAAUUCAAUGCUGGUGAUGGAUCGAAUCAAAAAGUCCAAGAAGAAAAAGCGAAACAAAUAGAGGAUAUGAAAAAUUCUAUUUUGUCCCAAAUUUUGGAUCAACCAGCGAGAGCAAGAUUGAAUACACUCAUGUUAGGAAAACCAGAAAAGGGAAAAAUGGUCGAGUCUAUGUUGGUCCAAAUGGCUCAAAGUGGACAGAUUAGAAAUAAGAUUGGGGAAAAAGAUCUCGUAGGUUUAUUGGAGAGUGUAAAUUCCCAGUUGCCUCAGAAUAAAUCGACCGUAAAGUUUGAUAGGAGAAGAGCUGCCUUAGAUUCUGAUGAUGAAUAUUAAUUUUUUUUAUGUUUAAGUUACAAUCUUAAUAUUAUUUGAUAAGAUUUUAUAAUGAAAAUGAAAAAAGAAUGGUUAUGAAUCAAGAAAUAAAAAGAAAUUUAC